GAGAGAGAGAGAGGGAGAGAGAGAGAGAGAGAGGGAGGUCGGUGGUGUGAAUGCGGCUGUGUGAGCUUCAGUGUAUCAGCUGUGAUUAAUAACUCGAUGAUUACUGAAGAGGGAAGAAGCAGCAGGAGCGCGCGGACACUGAGAGAUUGGACAGGAGGACAGAAGAACAAGAGGACAGAGGAACAGGAAGACAGAGGAACAAGAGGACAGAGGAACAGGAAGACAGAGGAACAAGAGGACAGAGGAACAGGAAGACAGAGGAACAAGAGGACAGAGGAACAAGAGGACAGAGGAACAGGAGGACAGAGGAACAAGAGGACAGAGGAACAAGAGGACAGAAGAACACGAAGACAGAGGAACAGGAGGACAGAGGAACAAGAGGACAGAGGAACAAGAGGACAGAAGAACAGGAGGACAGAAGAACAGGAGGACAGAAGAACAUGUCCAUGCCAAUGAGUGAAGCGGAGAUGAAGGUAGCUGAAUGGCAGAAGACGUAUUACGCGGCUGAUUCUGGCAUCCAAUCAGGAGCCACAACUGUAAACGAUGAGGAACAAUCAGAGAUCAGUGCCAAAACAUUCACUGUGGAAGAUUGUAGUGCAGAUUUUGACACGCAGUUGGUUCUGACUCGAGCUCAGCGUGUCCGGGCGGCCAUGUUUCCCGAGACGUUAGCAGAGCGUGAGACAUUAUCACUGAGUGACUCACAGUCCAACGUUCAGCGUCUGACUGAACCCUCACACCUCCUGAACAACGCCAUUGUUCACCUGAUCAACUACCAGGAUGAUGCUGAGCUCGCCAAACGCGCCAUGCCAGAGCUCAUCAAACUGCUGACUGACGAUGACCAGGUGGUGGUGAGGAAGGCGGCUCUGAUCGUGAGCCGUCUGGUUCGUAACGACGCUUCUCGGCAUGUGAUGAUGCAGUCGGCGGUGAUGAUGUCAACGGUGCUGCGGGUGAUGCAGAGCUCAAGCGACAUGGAGACGAUUCGCUGCAUGGCCAGCAUCCUGCACUGCCUGUCGCACCACCACCAGGGGCUGAACGCCAUCUUCACUGCCGGGGGCAUUCCCGCACUCAUCCACAUGCUCAGUUCUCCAGUGGAGGCGGUGUUAUUUUACUCCAUCACUACACUCCAUAACCUCCUGCUCCACCAGGAUGGCUCGAAGAUGGCGGUGCGAAUGUGUGAUGGUCUGCAGAAGAUUGUUCCUCUGCUCAAACAUACAAACCCAAAGUUCCUCGCCAUCACCACCGACUGCCUGCAGAUCCUCUCCUAUGCCAACCAGGAGAGUAAGCUGAUCAUCUUGGCGAGUGGAGGUCCAGAGGGUUUAGUGUCCAUCAUGAGGAACUAUAACUAUGAGAAGCUGCUGUGGACAACCAGCAGAGUGCUGAAGGUGCUGUCAGUGUGUCCCAGCAACAAACCCGCCAUCGUCAAUGCAGGAGGCAUGCAGGCUCUCGCUCUGCACCUGACCGGUUCCAGUGCUCGUCUCAUUCAGAACUGUCUCUGGACUCUGAGGAACCUGAGUGAUGCUGCCACCAAACAGGAAGGUCUGGACUCUCUACUCCACAUCCUCGUGACUCAGCUUGGCUCGGAUGAUGUUAACAUUCUGACAUGUGCUACAGGAAUCCUCUCUAACCUGACGUGUAAUAAUGCACGUAAUAAAUCAUUGGUGGUGCAGCGUGGUGGUGUGGAGGCACUUAUCAACGCUCUUCUGCGAACUACUGUGAAUCAGGACGAGGCCGAGCUGGCCAUAUGUGCUGCGGUGAAUCAGGAUGUGGCCGAGCCGGCUGUAUGCGCCCUACGCCACCUCACCGGCCGCCACCCACUCGCCCAGACAGCACAGAACGAAGUGCGAGUUCACUAUGGCAUCCCAGUCAUCAUUAAGCUACUGGGACAGCCACACUACUGGCCCGUCGUCAAGGCCAUUGUUGGACUGAUCCGUAAUUUGGCGCUCUGUCCAGCCAAUCAGGCGCCUCUAAGGGAGGCAGGUGCAAUACCACGAUUGGUUAACCUGCUGUUGAAGGCUCAUCAGGACCUACAGAGACUCAGCACACAGAACACCUACCAGGAUGGAGUUAGUAUGGAGGAAAUAGUAGAAGGCUGCACUGGAGCAUUACACAUUUUGGCCAGGGAUCCGAUUAAUCGGAGUGAAAUUGCCAGCAUGCAGACCAUCCCUCUGUUUGUACAGUUGUUAUACUCGUGUGUUGAAAGUGUGCGGCGAGUCUCAGCUGGUGUUUUAUGUGAACUUGCUCUGGAUAAACACUCGGCCGAACUAAUCGAUGCUGAAGGAGCUUCUGCUCCACUGAUGGAGCUACUGCACUCCACUAACGAAGGGAUAGCCACCUAUGCUGCCGCUGUGCUCUUCAGGAUUUCAGAGGACAAAAACUCAGACUAUAGGAAGAGAGUGUCAGUGGAGCUCACACAGUCACUGUUCAAACACGACACACAUGCCUGGGACAUGGCGCACAAUGCAAUGACCCUUGAUCACGGCUACAUACAGGAUGAGGGCGUGUCCUCUCUGUAUGUUUACUCGGACCUUCCUGUCGAAGCUCUCCCUUUGGAUCCUGAUGUACAUGAGCCAUAUGUGUCAGAGAUGACCUUUGACCCCCGACAUGUUUACCCAGAACCACUUUAAAAGCACAGUUAGACAGGUCGAAUCAGAAGCUGGCGGGUGAUGGACAUGUGGACAUGGGGCUUGAGGAUCUGUGGAGGUUAAGCUUAAUGACACAUGGUGGUGGGGCUUGGGAACAUGUGGAAUCCCAAAAAUUAAAAAUAUUAAAAAUAUACAACCAAAAAUAUUAGCCAGGGGAUGAGCAAUGGUGGAGCUCGAGGACAUGUGUGUGGGGCUUAAGGACAAGUGAAGGUUCAGCUAAAGAACAUGUAGGUGGGGUUUUAGGACGAGUUCAGGGCGGAGUUGAGGUAGUAUAGAAGCAGAGCUGGAGGACGUGGAGUUUUGGCUUGUGGAAAAAUGGAGCUGGGGCUUGAGAACAUGUGGAAGUGGGGCAUGAGCACAUAUGGGGCUUGGGCUUGAGGACAUCUGGAGACAGAGCUUCUGGACAUGUGGAAGCAGGGGUGAGAAAAUGUGGGUGAAGGGAUUGAGGCUAUAUUGAGAGGGAGCUUGAAGUAAUAUGGAGGCGGAGCUUAAUGGAGGUGUGGCCUGAGAACCUAGAAGUGUGGCUUGAUGCAUAUUUAGAUAAGGACAUGUGGAGGUGGAGCUUAAAGACAUGUGGAGAUGGGGCUAAGGGAAUGUAGAGGUGGACCAUAAGCACAUGUGGACUUGGAGCUUGAGCACAGGAGGCGGAGCCUGAGGAAUAUGGAGACAGGACCUUAUACUGAAGAGUUUCCCAUUUUCUGUGUGUUAAUGAUUUUAUUCCACUAAGAGAAGAAAUGUUACUGCUGGAAUCUGCAUGUGUUUAUGUAAAUAAUUACAUUUUUAUAUGCGUUGUUGUGUGACAGAUGGCGUCCAUAGUGUGUGUCUCGUCUCUGUGAUUAUAUUUGUGUGUGUGUGUGUGUGUGUGUGUUCAGCUCCUGGUCAAAAGAUCUGAAAAAAAAAAAAAAUUUGUCUCUGAAAAUGUUAUUUUACUGUGAUAAAUUUUUCUGAAACAUCUCAUUACAUGAAUAAAUGUAGCGUUGUUAGUCCUCCCUGUUGAAAAAAGAUCUCUAAUGGUUUCCAUUACAUAAUGGAAAUCAGCUUAAUGGUUUCCAUCACAUAAUGAGUGUCAGCUUAUUGGUUUCCAUUACGGAAUAGAAAACAGCUUCAUGGUUUUCAUCACAUACUAGAAAUUAGCUUAGUGAAUUCCAUUACAUAACGGGAAUCUGCCUAAUGUUUUCCAUUAGGAAUUUUCUUAUUACUGUUAAAUAGCACCAGAACCCAGUAGGGCCUUCUUUCAUGGCUCAGUGAUUAUCAUUAGAAUACAAUUUAAAAAGCCAUCAGGAAUCAUUAGGAACAACACAUUCCAUUAAUCUACCAUUAAAGACCACCAGAAACACAUUUAACCCAUUAUUAAACCAUUCAAAAUCUUCAGCAGGGAUUUAGCCCUAGUGUGGCGAGUGUGUCAUCAUAAAAAACUGCUUGCUAAAGCUAGCCAGUAUGAGUUUGCUUGAAUUACAAAAGAUUGAAAAAGCUAAUUAGCUAACUACCUUUAAAAGCUGAACAGCAAAUUGGCAAGCUUUAAAAAAUGAAAGGCAAUUAACAUGCUAGCUUAAAAAGGCACAUUAGCUAGCUAGCUUUUAUACAGCUCCUGUAGUUAUUAAAGUAAAAACACUAGUGGAUGUCGGUAUUGGUGAUUGAAUGAUGCUUCGUUUUAAUAUUGAUAUCAUGUUAAAAAACAAACACCGCUGCACUGUUAUAUGGUGUUUAAUGUGGUCCUGUUUGAAAACAGCAAGCCAUAAGCACAUAACACUAUGUACUGAGACAAAUCCUUUUUAUAUACAUGGUCAACUUUUUAUAAUAAAGUGUGAAAGUCAUGAACA